UAGACGUGCUUAGAUUAACUGAUUAAGUAACAGGUUUUUAUUUUCAUCAUCAUCAUCAUAAAUCAUAAUAAUAUAAGAAAUAAAUAAUAAUGGCUGGUGGUGACGGUAGUGGGGCGGAGGCGCCAUUACUAGGUGGAGAGAGCAGUAGAGGUGGUCGGAAACCGUUUAGUCGGCGGUCGGAUGCCAUCGCUUACGGAUCUCCUUAUCAAAAGGCUGCUGCUCUUGUUGAUCUUGCGGAAGAUGGAGCUGGUCUACCGGAAGAAAUCCUGGAGUUACCAAACAUUGAAAACGCUGCAAAGUUCUAUUUCAUGUUUAUUCGGUUUGACAUCAUUUGGACUCUAAAUAUAUUUGCCCUCAUUGCCUUGAACUUCUUUGAGAAACCAUUAUGGUGUAGCAGUCUUUCUUCUGAGGUUACUUGCAGUAACAGGGAAUACUAUUUUCUCGGGGAGCUUCCAUACUUGACUAAUGCAGAGUCACUCGCAUUUGAGGGUGUGACCCUCCUAAUUCUUGUGGUGCAUACUCUAUUUCCUCUUUUAUAUGAAGGGGCUAAUCUCUACUGGAGAAGCCAUGUUAAUAAGCUGAAGGUUAUUUCGCUGUUAAUUUUGACGGCUGAUUUAGUAGUAGAUAUUCUCUAUCUCUCUCCCGUGGCAAUCUAUUCUCUUCCAUUGAGGAUUGCACCUUAUAUUAGGGUGGUUUUCUUUAUCUUGAAUAUCAGGGAUUUAAGAGACAGUCUUGCCAUUCUGACUGGAAUGUUUGCUACAUACCUCAAUGUGAUGGCUUUGUUUCUCUUGUUUCUUCUGUUCUCAAGUUGGUUAGCUUAUGUCAUCUUUGAAGACACCCAACAGGGCACUGCCCUCUUCUUUUCUUACCCUGCUACGUUGUACCAGAUGUUUGUUCUAUUUACGACAGCCAAUAAUCCAGAUGUUUGGACUCCUGCCUACAAAUCAUCAAGGUGGUCUUCUCUUUUUUUCAUUUUGUAUGUGCUUCUGGGUGUGUACUUCGUCACCAAUCUGAUUCUUGCUGUUGUAUAUGAUAGUUUCAAAUGUGAGCUCGUUAAACAAGUUGGUGCGAAGGAUGAUAUGAGGACAAGAAUAUUGAGGAGAGCCUUUAAUCUCAUUGAUAAAAAUCACAUUGGCUCUCUUGAUAAAGAUCAAUGUAUGGAAUUGUUUGAGGAACUUAAUACUUACAGGACACUGCCAAAAAUAUCAAAAGAAGAUUUUGAGUUGAUAUUUAGUGCCUUGGAUGACAGUGGCGAUUUCAAGAUUAAUGCAGAAGAAUUCAAUGAUCUUUGCAAUGCAAUUGCCUUAAAGUUUCAAAAGGAGGACACAGAACCUUGGCUAAAAAAGUUCCCCUUUUAUAAUUCUUCAUUGUCUGAAGGACUAAAAGGAUUUGUAAAAAGCACAACGUUCGGAUAUGUAGUUGCUUUUGCUCUCCUUUUAAAUCUGGUUGCUGUUAUUACUGAAACAACGCUUGAUAUUCAAAAUAACUCUGGUCAGAAGUUCUGGCAGAAGGUCGAAUUUAUCUUUGGGUGGAUAUAUGUAGUGGAAAUGGCUUUGAAAGUUUAUACAUUUGGAUUUGAAAACUACUGGAAGGAUAGCCAAAAUCGAUUCGAUUUCAUUGUCACAUGGGUCAUAGUUAUUGGAGAAACAGCAACAUUCAUAUCUCCGAAGGAGCUAACAUUCAUUUCAAAUGGGGAGUGGAUUCGUUAUCUUCUUAUCGCAAGGAUGUUAAGAUUGAUUAGGCUGUUGAUGCAUGUUAAAAGGUAUCGAGCCUUUAUUGCUACAUUUUUAACACUGAUACCAAGCUUGAUGCCGUACCUGGGUACUGUGUUUUGUGUCAUGUGCAUCUAUUGUACAAUGGGUAUACAGAUCUUUGGUGGGAUAGUCAAUGCUGGGAAUCCAGAUCUACCAACUACAGAUCUUGCUGAUAAUGAUUACCUGUUAUUUAAUUUUAAUGACUACCCCAAUGGUAUGGUGACACUCUUCAAUUUGAUGGUGCUAGGGAACUGGCAAGUUUGGAUGCAGGAUUAUGUAACAUUGACAGGAAGUGCUUGGGCAUAUGCGUACUUCAUCAGCUUCUAUCUAAUAACUGUUUUGCUCCUUCUUAACUUGAUUGUGGCAUUUGUGUUGGAGGCAUUCUUCGCAGAGUUAGAACUCGAGUGUCCCGAGGAAGAAGAAGAAGAAGAAAAGAAGGAAACGGGAGUUAGGGGACGCCGUAACUUAGGCACUAAGACACGCAGUCAGAGGGUGGAUGCACUACUUCACCACAUGCUUAGUGCAGAGCUGCAAAAGUCACCACCUUCCUCUCCAUAGUUAUAACUCUACUGAUAUUUUCGAGGUCAGAGAGCAGAUGGCUAAAGGAAAACAAUAAUGAAUCCUAUUUUUUUCUACUUGAAACAUAAUAGUAUAUAUGAACAGUCAAUUUUUUGUGAAGUAAAUACGAAAUAUAUGUUGAUUAAACAGAAGAUUCAAAUUGGUCUUGUUGAUGAUGGUUAACACCAAAACUAGUGAUGCUACUUGUAUGUGGAUUAAUAUUAUGCUUAAUUUGUGAACA